GGUCGCCUGGCGGGCAACGGGUCGGCGGCCGCAGUCGAGUGCCGGGCGGCGCGUGAACCGGAUCGCCGCGACUCCCUCCUUCGCGGUUCCUGACGCAGCGCCGACUCCGAGAUGCCCCGGCGAAGGCACGGCGCCUGGGCAUGCCUGGCGCUCCUCUGCUGCGGGUCCCUCCUGCGCGCCGCCGCCGCCUACUGCUACAGCGACGAACAGAAGGUGGCCGACAUGCUCUCCUCCAAGUCGCCCUACGCCAAGCUCAGGGGCAACAUGACCAAGAAGGACCUGGUGCCCGAGUCGUGCCACCCCGUGCAGCUGUGGCACCUCGUCCGCCACGGCUCCAGGUACCCGAGCGAGAAGGCGAUCCAGGAUUUCGUCAACAUACUGCCCGAACUCAGGGCGCGCAUCGUCAACGUCUGCAAAGGCUGUGGUAAACUGUGUUCCUCCGACAAGAAACUGAUUUCCUACUGGCAGUCGAACCUCAACGAGAGCAUCGCCCAGACGCUGGCCCCCGAGGGCGCCUACCAGCAGGAGGAAAUCUCCAGUAAAUUCCUGAACUUGUUUCCCGAAAUCCUGCCCGACACCUUCGCCACGGAGGACUACAAGUUCCGCUACACGGCGACGCAGCGCACGAGGGAGAGCGCGCUGGCCUACGCCCGGGGCGCCUUCGGCUCGCACGCCGAGAACAUCCACAUGCCGGAGCCCACGGACCCGGACCCUCUCCUGCAGUUCGACAAGGUGUGCAGCAAGUACGUGGCCGAGGUGGAGCUGAACGACGCCGCCAUGCGAGAGGAGCGGCUGUUCCAGAUCGGGAGCCAGAUGGAGAGGGUCGUGAGCCGCGUCGGAGAGCGGGCGGGGGUGAAAUUCACGUCGGUCGAGGUCGGCAUCAUGUACGAAGCCUGUCGCUAUUAUACUGCCUGGGACCCCGAGACGCCGUCUGCCUGGUGUGGCGUCUUCACCAAGUCGGAUCUGAAGGUGCUUGAGUACUGGCAAGACCUCAAGUACUACUACAAGAGUGGCUACGGACACCGCAUAAACUACGAACAAGCCUGCCGUUUGGUCCAGGACCUGGUGAGGACCUUCAGGAGACGGGUGGAGAAGGGCGAAGGACCUCGUGGCGUCUUCUACUUCACCCACCUCGACGCCUACCUCAAGCUGAUGGCGCGCCUGGGGAUGUUCUGGGACAACACGACGCUGACUCACGAAGACAUCAAGGCCAAGCGACUCUGGAGGACGUCCAUCGUGGGGCCUUUCUCUGCCAACGUGGCCUUCCUGCUCUCCCGCUGCGACGACGACAGGUGGUUCGUGAGCAUGGCCGUGAACGAGAGAAGGGCCAAGCUCCCUGGGUGCCGCGGGGAGAAGAGCUGCACGUGGGAAGAGUUCAUGGCACUCCUUGGCCAGUACGAGAGCUGUGACUUCGACGCCAUUUGCGAAAACGACCCGCCAGUCGUCCAGGAAGAAGAGGGCGGAUUCGAUGGCAGCGCAGGCACGCCGAGCACCCUCCUCCUGGUGGCAGUCCUUCAGCCGCUCCUGCGACUGCUCAGCCGGGAGUCCUAAUCGCGCCCUUUCUACAUAUGAAAGAUUAUAUAGAUAGAUAGAUACAUACAUACAUACAUACAUACAUACAUUUUACACACACACACACACACACACACACACACACACACACACACAGGAGGAGGCGGCAGGAGGCGGAGGGGCGAAGGAUGCUGUAGAUAGUGUUCGUUUUUUUUUUUCUUUUUUAGAGUCGUGGUUUCCGUCGUUACUUUCGUGGCUUCGUCUUUGUGUUGAUCAAUGAUAUUCAAGGGUCAAGUGUGGUUAUUUAGUACUUUUAUAGAGAGAGAGAUAUGUUUGUGGUUUAUCAUUCGAUGUACGGUUUGGCGUCUUUUGGGUGGCGUUGGAAUAAACUUUCUGUAACAA